GUACAACUGCCACAGUGCUGUGGCGGAUUACACAUUCUGCGGAUUCUCUUAUAGCUCUGGGCUGUCUCAGUCUUUUCUAUAUUAUACGUCUAUGUGAUAAAUUGAGACCGAACGCGGUGUUCGUGGAUGUUGAAAGACUGAGGUUCGUACUAAAAGCAAGCAAAACUCAACACGCCCAUCAGGCCUAUUAAAUCUCCCUGUCCCUGCGCCUAAAGCCCUGACGUGGCUCACGAGCUGGGCGCUGGGCCAGGCUACACAACGCCAGACUGGUGAGUUCCCACACACAAUAUCGCUUGGUAGCACGGAGGACACUCAAAAUUCAACUAACAAUGUCUGUACAAAGUGUUGCUCUGGCCUCUCUCACGGCAACGUAUACCGACUCGGAGGGCGAGGACGGGGUAGAAGACGAACGCCCACAGGAGGAGAAAUCGACCCCACAGGGGGCUGCCCCGCAUAAUGCCCAAGUCGGUCGUCAAUCCCAGGCCCGAUUUGGCACCAGUCCCAUAUCUGGAGGCCGUUCAGCCUCGCAUAGUCCCGCUGUCAGCAAGUUCGCGUCCGGUACUAGCGACUUGCCUGAUACGACCACAAAGGUGCAGCGAUUGGUCUCUUAUUUUGAUGAUUCGGUAGUCUCCGAUGACGAGGGGGCGGUCGUUAUUGCGCCAACGGCGUCUUCGCUGUCGUCGUCGUCGUUGACGACGGCAAGUGCAGUAAAUGCUUCGACGGUCGUGGAACUUCCCGAGGAAAAUGGUAUCUUACCCACGGCCACCACUGGCGCUGUUACUGCUACCACUGCCGCUGCCGCCGUCGUCACCGCCGACGGCGUUGAGCGCCGAUCGCCCUCCUCGCGUCUUGGAGAUUUGCUUUCAGAUAAUAGCGGCGAGGCGGAUCCUAACGAUGUGACAAUACCGCCGGAGCCGCCGGGUCAAUGUCCUGCCGAGUUACAAGACAAAAUUACGAGGCUAUAUCGCAGGAUGGAGAGUGGAGGACUGGAUAUGAAUAUGUUAAUUCAGCAACGCAAGGAAUUUCGAAAUCCUUCGAUUUACGAGAAACUCAUUCAGUUUUGUAAUAUCAACGAGCUGGGUACAAACUAUCCGCCAGACAGGUUUGAUCCGUUCAAAUGGGGUAAGGACUCGUACUACGAGCAGCUAGCUAUGGUACAAAAAACUGAAAUGGACAAACUCGAGAAAGCUCGCAAAGAAAAGACGAAAAUCGAGAUCGUAUCGGGAACUGCGAAACGACCCAACAAUUCCUCCGGUGGUGUCGAGGAUGUCGAUGCCAAAAAACGAAAAAGUAAGUGGGAUCAGGUGGCAACCGGCGGUGUUGCUGCUGCUGCUGCAGUUGCAGCCGCCGCUGCUGCCGCCGCGACAGCGAAACCCACGGUACUUCUUACGCAACCAACGUUGACGACCCUCGCGUCGUCCACCACCGGCGCCAAACCUACCGUUAUAUCAGCUUUCGGCUCACUGCCGAAAAAGAGAUUGUAACAUAUCUGUAAUAAAUGCGUGCUCUGUAAAUAAUGUCGAUUGUUGAGGAAAUGAUGUUUUCUUCGUUAGACAAUUACGAGACUACGAAAAGAAACGCGAUUCUGUUUCUAAGGAUUUAGAUCUUGAUUUAGAUGAUUUUAGAUUUGUUGCAAUUACUAUUUAUGUUUGAGCAAUAUUUUUGAUAUUUUGUGAUGUUGAAGUUAAAUAUUUAUAAUGUAAUUAAAACGCAAACUUAAACACAAAGAUGCAAAAGUAAAAAUUACAUAAAAAUUUUAGUGUUGUUAAAAAGUUAAGCAUUUAAACUAGAUAAAAUUUCUAGAUUCUUGAUUCUAUUUCUUGAUUCUUGAUUCUGAGAUCUAGAUUCUUGCGCACACUUUUCAAUUGUAAAAAAAUUCGACAUUUGUGUUUGUACAUUUAUUUAGAUCCUUAGAUUCGCAUACAAGCUCUUGAACUGUAAGAUACAUACAACGUUUUUUAUCGAAUACGUAUGAAAAUAACAUUGUUCACCGACACGAAGCAAGCGAUCUUCUGGAACGAUUUAUAAAUCCGAGAAUGUGCAAGAAUCUAAGAAUCGUAGAAUCGUAGCUCGUAUAUCUAACUAUAGAAGACCCCAGUAAUCGUAGAUUAAAACUAAAUGUAUUGUAAAUAAUGUCACAGUUUAUAUAAUAUAACUUAGGAAUUCAAAUGAUUACAAUAUUCAUUAAUCGAAAAAAUUCGAAGAUAUAAAUAAUUCCAAAGACUCAAUAUGAUCAAAGAAGAGAGAAUUUAGAAAAACGAUGUAAGAAAAGAGGCGUACGGAGACGUUGAUGUAAAUUAAAGACACAUUUUAAUAAAUUGUGCGCACUUCUACAUAUAUAUUUAUACAAAAAAACGUAUACGUACGAAGUAUAUACAU